ACAGGACAGGGGACAUCAAACUUGGAGUCACAAAACAGUACGGUCCAUAGCGUAUUUUUUUAAAACGAGCGGUACUACUACCGCAACCACGAGAAUCCAUCGGUAUCUUACGAACGGCAGUGAAAGUGGAGAAUCUCUCUUUUCACGAACAGAUCAUGCCAGCGUCUCUUGCUCCAUCUCUUCAAUCCUCGAAAAGACAACAGAUGAUUCAGCGUGAUGCUGAUCAUCGUUUGGGACACAAGAAGCGACAACGGGCUCGAAACAAAGAGUUAAAACGUCUCGCUUGUCAAGAAGUUCUCGACCGGCUUCCACCCUACCAAAAUUUACCCUUCGCAAUAGUUGACAAUGUGCAUAACGACGAAGGCGCCGAUUUGAGUGUGACCAACACAGAUACGAAGAAAUCAAAAGGAAUUUCUGAUUUGUAUCGACCCAUUCCUCGCCCCGAGACUGCCUUCAGGAAGUUUUGGGAUAGAAUUCCUYCCAUUUGCAGCCCCCAUAAGGCAGUUUUGGAAGGAGAAAUAUCGGAUAAGCGCGAGCUAGAAAUGGAUCGGUACCAUAGUGAAAAAUACCGACGAAAGCUCCAAUAUAAAAAGGAAAGGGGCAAAAUAACCCAGGCCGAACUAGAGGAAUUGUGGGAAAAACACGGGAAGCGAACCAAGCACGGUCCAGCAAAGAAGCAAGGGGAAAAUGAAGAGAACGGCAAUAAUGCUAGCAAUACCGGAGAAGGGAUAUCGCUCUUGAGCAACGACCGUGGGCAGCGAAAGGCUUGGCAAGUGGAAAAUUUCGUAUCAAUUUUGUGGGACCGACUCUCCUCGUUCACAGUGGAACAGAAGGGCAWCACCAAUAAGAAUAAUUUUUAUUUCACGGUGGUAGAUUUCGGCAGUGGAAGUGGCAAUUUAUGUCUGGCGCUAGCACCCUACUUUUCGAAUGUUCGAUUUGUUUUGGUCGAUAAAAAGCCCUAUCCUUUAAAGCUAGCCGAGCGUAGGGCUAACCAAGCCGGCUUGAAAAAUGUGCAGACUCUGCAWUAUUCUUUCUCGCCCUCCAAUCUAGACGAUUUUUCCAUUCCACCAAUGCCAUCCAUGAAAACGGACUUAUUUUUGCCCCCCGGCACCGAAAUGACGCCAGCAUCAACACCCCAAGUGUCCUCGGCACAAAUGUCAUCGAAAGAAUUUGACAUUGCCAUUGGUUUGCACUGCUGCGGGAGCUUUACGGAUAUGGUCAUGUCUUUGGCCAAAAUAAAGGGCGCAGAUUGUAUAGUUUGCCCAUGUUGCAAUGGUGCCAUGACUUCAAAAACGACUUGCGGAUACAAGUACCCCCGAAGUUCAUAUAUUGGGAAAUUAAUGAAUCAGGACGAAUACUUAUCMAUGAGCAAGGCGGCGGARGAUUCGGGAAUUUAUGAGGCAAAAUGSCUCAUCGAAUACGACCGCGCUUUGUGGGCGAAAGAGAAUGGAUACCACGUUCAAUUGCUAAAAAUGUCGCCGGAUAAUUGCACCCCMAAACAUCAUGUUCUGUAUCUUACUAACAGUGAGGAAAAAGUAUGAAGGAGGRUUUGAUUAUACGCAUGUGAUUUUUUGUCCUCGUUUCUAAACCCCAUUAAGAAUACAAUAUUUCUAUGAUAAUAAUCUUAGAAAGCGUUC